CUGGUCAGUUUGACAGUAGUACUUAUGUCUGAGUGUUAAAGUCAAAUUGGGAAACUCUUUUAUUAACGUACGCAGAAGAACAAAAACGAUUUCAUGUAAAUGUGAGUCGUUAAAAUAUUGUUGUAAAGGAACUCUUUCGCCCUCCAGGUUGCAGUUUGUUAGCGGAGCUGGCGUGUCACUCAGAGCGGCUGAGUGAGGGCGGUUAGCCCCGGAUGGCAUACGGUUCAGCGGGCGACGACAGGAGCGGUGCUGCGUGGCUUAUGCAGCAGCAGAUGCAGCCCGACCAUAAAUCACCCUGGGCGUCCAGCUACAGCGCGGAAAACAAUACCUGGAACAACGCGAUGGAGUCAACUCCUUACUCUGGCUACCCGGGCUAUUGGUACUCCCACGCGCAUACGGCCGGACCCUACGGUAACGCGUACGCGCCUGCAACGGAGGUCAACGGGCACGCGCCCUACAAUCCCCAGGCUAUGUCGGGCUAUCCCAAUGGGGUGUACAGUCCGGGGCAGUACACGGCCAGCGUGCUGCACCCCUCCAGCCCUUUCUACUGUGGCGAUCAGCUGUCUCCAAGGCAACCUCAGUAUCAGGGAUGCCCCGACCGGAGCCCCGCGACUGCUGCUCAGCCUCACUACCCUGGGGCUCCUGGUUAUCCCACUGCCUCUUACCCGCACUAUGGAGAGGGGUGUGCCCCUAACCCACCCUACCCCGCCCAGCCAACGAUGCACUCCCGCCCCCAGCCUGAAGCCUGGCCCCACUCUGGAGGGUACAACCCCGCCCCGCCCCAGCAGCAGUGGCCGCCUGGCACCCCUCCACCACCCCACGGGCCCUACACCAACCACGUGAGGCCUGCACACCCUCCACCCUGGAGAGGGCCUGCACCACCGCCCUACGAACACAAGGAGCCACCGUAUCCCGGGCUGUCCCAACUGCAUCCCCGUAACCAGGCGUCGGGCUCCAGACCUCGACCAGGCACCCCUGGUCCAAACCCAGGCCCGGCCAAGCCUGCCGAGUUCAGCGCCCCUCCGCACAUCUACAACAGAACGUCCUCUUCUGGCGGAGGAGAAGCCAGACCAGCCCCGAGCGAGCCGCCUGCCCCAGCCAUCCGGCAGGGGCCGCCCACCCCGACUGGGCCACCGCCGAGCGAUAACCCUGGGCUGGCUCGUGUCCAGCAGGUCCUGGUCAGAGUCCAACUGCUUCAGGAGGAUGUGGAUGAGUUUGUGGGCAAAAAGACAGACAAAAGCUACCGGUGCUUGGAGGAGCUCUUAACCAAAGAGCUUCUGGAGCUGGACUCAGUGGAGACCAAUGGGCAGGACGCAAUCCGCCACGCACGGAAAGAGGCCGUACAGAAGAUCCAGGCCAUCCUGGACCACCUGGAGAAGAAGGCUUUCUAGAGGCUGACAGGAGACGUCGGGCUGCAGUGGCACUUUGGUUGUUUGUACUUUUUGGGGGUGGGGGGGGCUAUUUUUGUGUGUGUGGGUUUUUUGUUUAUUUUAUUAUUUUAAUUUAAGUGCUGCGGGAAUUGAUGUAAGAUUCUGUGCAGUACGAUGCCAGUAUGUGUGUAGAACACAAAAAUAUCAUCUGUGUUGGUUCCUUGCUGGUCUUUGUGCCAUACACACGAGUCAAGCCCAGGGCAUGUGAAACUGACAUCUGUUAGCAGUCCUUAGCUGCCCAGAGUGAUAUUGAUCUUCACAUGGAUGUGUCGUUGCCCACUUCAGUGUCAUGGCGUCUCACCCGAGGCAGGAGGCGUUGUUGUUUCUGCACACCCUCAUACCCUCUCUCGCUCUGAUCUGACCCACGCACAACUACACAGACUUUUCUGCUCCUGUCAGCUCCACGUUAGUGAGGAAUAUAAUGUUGAUAUGUAAUCGCUUACUCACCGUAUCGCAUCAUUCAACAGGAUUCGACCAGUCAUGACUAACACUGAUAUAAAUGUAUCACAUUUCCAAGAUCAGGAGGCGUGUCUGUUGUUUUUACCCAGAAUGCCCUCUUGGCUCCUUCCUAAAGUGGCCCUUCAGACAAGGCGUGACCUUUUCACAUCAGAUCUCCUGAAGCACUUUAAUCUGUGUGCAGUGUUCCUGUGCUCAGUGUAGGCCAGCUGGAUUAUCUGGAAUAUCUGGUUUAUCUGGACUAAUGGACACAUGGAAAUGUUGAUAAUCCCCAAUUUCAGAUCAGCCCAGCUGUGCCUAAUGCUACGUGCUUUUUAUCGUUCCAGACAGCCAGUUUAAUUUCAGUCCUGAUGUCUAACGGGCUUCGGUCACCCCGCCCUGCUCCUGCUCGCUCUCCUGGACCUCAGUGCUAUGGUCCUGAGGUGGCCAGUACCUCCUGAGAGUUUGCACAAUGUUGAUUUUGUGGUCAUUUGCCCGAUGUCUCUGUCACGUGGUGUCCCGGCCAUUGACUGGACUUUUUUAUUUUUUUGUGUGCUGAAUCUCAAAUUGGGCAUUUUUGCAAGUCCUUCCCAUUUUCCAGAGUCAGUGUGUGAAGUGAGAGGAGCUCUCUUACAGAGUUCUCUGGCUGAAUGCUGACGGGCUGCUGUCGUCUGCUCUUCAUUUAUCCUUUUCUCCAUCUUAUGCUUCCACACUCGGCACGUUUUAGUAUUCAAAGAGAACGCGCUUCUCGAUUCAGCAAUAUCCACGGGCCUUUUGAUGAGGGUUUACAGAGACUUUGAGGUUUUGUUUCUGAUAGUUUUGGUUUAAUUGUCUUUGGUAACCCUCUUGUUUUAGUGUGAACUCCAUGAAGCCAGGGUCCCGUCUCCUGUAGGUCUCAAGUUGGUGUUUACACAUUCGACAUUUUUUAAAUGACUAUAAUAGUAGAUGGUGAAAUCAGAUGAGAUUGAGCAUGGACAGGGAAGACUGAUCAUCCUUGUAACUUCUUAAAAAGUAAAAAAUACCAGUUAAUACCACUAUAUUUAAUACUUUGCACCAAAGUCACGUUCAUCCUGGACCAUUCAACAGGUCUUCCUCCAGUCACAAGGAUGUUUUCUAAAUGUUAGAGUGCCAUAUUCUCGGCAGGUGCUUCUCAUAUCCGGUUAAAUAAUAUACUCUAGUAACAAAUUGAAGGUCUCAAAAUUCUUGACUUCUGCAUGUAAUUAAGUCUCAUUUGUUUGUGUGUGUGUAUGUGUGUGUGUGUGCGCGCACGCGCGUGUUCUUUUUCUGUUUCUCUGUAAUUCUGUAAAAUCUCAUUAUAUAAACCAGAAAUUGUAUAAUAGAUGAAGCUUUACACAACAGAGUAUAUUUGUAUAACUUGUAUAUAGAGAACACAUGAAAUUCUAAAUAGGACCAAAACCUGCUUGCUGAGGUCUCCGAUGUAAUGCAUGUUUUUGAACACAAGAGGGGGCUGCUAUCCCUAACUGUCUAGGACUGCGUAAGGUCUAAUGAUAGGUUACUCACAAUAAAAAUGUAAGACCUUGAAA